UUUAGAUAAAACUUAAAUAGUAAUGGAGUCACAACAGAAUUUAUUAAUUGAGACUGAUCAGCUUGCUGAGCUCAUUGAAAGCAGCCCAGACAACCUCAAACUUGUUUGUGGCACCUGGAACUUAGGUCCAGAUGCCAAAGAUCCUAAAGAGCAAUUCAACGAAGCUCACAUUCAGGGUAGUGUCUAUUUUAGCCAUGCUGAGGUUGCUGAUACAUCAUCAGGAUUUCUCGCCACUUGGCCAUCAACUGAGUUCUUCAUCAGUGAGAUGAAGAGGCUUGGGAUCAAGAAAGAUCACACCAUUGUUGUCUACGACCAUGAAAAUAUCUUUUCUGUAUGUAGACCAGCAUUCAUGUUAAGAGCAUUCGGAGCAAAAGACGUACGUGUUCUGAAUGGCUGUCUUAAAAAGUGGAUCGACGAAGAGAGAAAAGUAGCAACUGGGUAUCCACAAGAUGUAAAUGAUACAUCAGACGAAGGAUAUGACUAUGAGCUCCACCAAGAUUCAGUCACUUUUUACGACUCUACAUUUGAGAAGGUAGCUGCUGUUGAGAAAGGCGAAACUGAUGAAUUUGAAUUCAUCGAUGUGAGAAAUAUAGACAACUUCGAUAAAGGACACCCUCACGGCUUCAAGAACUCAUUCUGAAUGAAAUAUCUAACUGAGGACAGAUCAACUUUCAAGCCUAAGGAAGAAAUAUCUAAGCAAAUGGAAGAUGAUGGAGUUGAUGGUAGCAAGCACAUCAUAUUUUCUUGUGGAGCAGGAGUCACAGCUUGUAUCAAUGAGUUAGCAGCAAAAAUAGCUGGUGUUGAAAAGACAUCCAUCUAUGACGGAUCUUUCCAAGAAUACUCCACAAAAGGGAAACCAGAUUAUCUCUAGAAUAGGGUUAUUAAAUAAAAGAAGUUUCUCAAAUA